AUGGAAUUCAUGGAACCACAUAGAAAAAAACAAGGAGGUUCUACUAGUGCCACAAACCACCAUCAACACCAUCAACACAACCAAGAAACACCUUCUUCUUUACAAUUAAUUUCACCACACCAAAGUCAACCUGACCCUUCUACCCCUGGGUCCAACCAUCCCCAUGGCCCCUUCAUGGGCUCCAUCUCCAUGCAAUCAACAACUCUAAUUUCUCCUCCUUCCACCAUCACUUCUCCAACCCCCAACAACAACGCUCUAUCCACUCCCAAGGUAGUUAAGAAACCUUCUAAAGACCGUCAUACUAAGGUGGACGGUCGUGGGCGGCGCAUACGCAUGCCUGCUUUAUGCGCCGCCCGGGUUUUCCAACUCACUAAAGAAUUGGGUCAUAAAUCUGACGGAGAAACCAUCGAGUGGCUAUUGCAACAAGCUGAACCGGCAAUUAUUGCUACCACCGGAACCGGUACGAUUCCGGCUAAUUUCUCAACUCUCAACGUUUCUACACGUAGCAGUGGUACAACAAUUUCAGCUCCGCCGUCAAAAUCUGCACCUCUUUUCAUCCACGGCGCCUCCGCCGCCGCUGCCACCGCUAUGUUAGGGUUCCACCACCAUCUAUCCACCAACAACACCGGUUUUAACCAAGACCCAGAUGAGAAUUACAUGAAAAAACGGUUCAGAGAAGAUACUACUACCAGUGGUGCCACCUCCCCUUCAGCUGAUAAACCGGAUGAACCGGGUUCAGAUUCUUCUAAACCCGGUUCUUCACAACCUCCGAGUUUAAUCCCGGCUCAAGCCAUGUGGGCGGUUGCACCAGCUGGUGGCAACGUUGGUAACGGGUUCUGGAUGUUACCAGUAAGCGGAGGCACCGGUUCAACGACGGUUUCAGUUGGAGCGGCUCAAUCGGACCACCAAUUGUGGCAGUACAAGAGUUCAAGAAUUGGUGGGUUGGAGUUUCCCGGUGGAGGACGGUUCAGUCCGGUUCAGUUAGGUUCAAUGGUUUUGCAGCAGUCACAGGCGGUUCAACAAUUGGGGUCAAAUAUGGGAAUGUUGUCAUCAAUGAAUGCAUAUAAUAAUAAUAACAGUAGGGUUGAUUUGGGUAUGAAUUUGGAGCAUCAUCAUCUAAGACAACAGCAUCAAGAUAGUGAUAGUGGUGAUGAAAAUCACAAUGAUUCCCAAUCAUAGUUUACAAAUCUCGAUGCAAUAAAUUGAAAAACUGAUCAAAAGUUGCCAUUUUCUUGUGUUUGAUGAAUUCUUGAUGUUUUUCUUUGUGAGAAGAUUGUGUUCAUUGUAAUUGUUUUUUUAAUUUGGAUUGAAGGAUUUGGCCUUUA